UAAAAGGGUCUGUGCUGCUGCUGUUGCUACGUGUUGACUUUCGCAAUCAAAAUGCUGGUUCAAGAUUGCAUUUCUAUCCAAAGAUGUUUGAAGAGAAACGAACAAGUGACCCUGAUCAGUCAAGUGCUAGGUCACUCAAACAAAAGCGCUCUUCGCUGACUUGCAGUGAACAUACAGCUAAGACGUAUCGGCUGUUCGUAGGUGACGACUAUCACUGCCGACUGCCUUCAUAUGAACAACUGGCAUCAGGACAAUACGCCAGAAUCAACGACCUGUUUGGUAUUCCAUUCUUUGAGCUGCUGAAGGAUUCUGGUAAUUCUACUGAUAGUAAGAGUGACAAGAGAGGCAUACCACUAACACUAGCUAAAGGAGUCUUCUUGAUGUGUCUGGCUGCUCUAGCGUGUAUCCUAGAGUUUUGUGAUCUGAGUAGCAUAUUGGCUAAUCUUUAUUUGUACGGCACGGUGUACCAUAGACCACCAGACAAGGAACCGCAGCAUCAAAUUCCAAUUGGACAAAGAAAAACACGCAAAAAGAGAGGAAGAAAGAAAAUGCAAAAAUAAAUGGACGCGUAACCUACAUCAAAGCAUCAUGCUGAUAUGCCACAAACUUUAGAAAGACGCUAAAUCAGAUUUUUUACAGUAGACAAUCUAAACUUAGUCUUUGUUGUUCUCACACAUAGACAUAAAUAAAUAUAGACUGGCCAAUUAAAGAGUUUUAUGAAACGAAAAUUUGUGACUUGCAAUUUUGUGUACUUUAUUAUAAAGCAUUUAUGAGCAGUAUAAAAGUUAAGUAUUCAUAUCUAUUUCAGCCACACACCUAUAUUUAUAUUGUAAAUAAGGAGGCAGUGUAGCUUUGUUUAAUCUCUAAGAAUGAAGAUCAUGCAAUUUUUCAUAAUUCGGAAAUCCGAAUACAAUAGAUAUACAUGUUUUCAAGUUACAUGAAGUUACUUCCUUUUUCCAGUCUAUAUUUAUUUAUGUCUGUGUUCUCACACAAAAGGGAUAACUCCAUUCAUCCCUUACAAUAAAUAAUGCUAAAGGCCGGAUUUAGGUAUGUGGAGACCCCUACAGUUUUUCGAAAGCUUUAAUCAACAUAAAAAAAAAGACAUGCUAAUUAUCUAAACGCAUAUGCCAUAUUGUAAUAGAAACAUUUUGUUUUGAAUUAAAUUUAAUUUUCCUUCAUUAAAAAAAAAAAGAUUAUUUAAUACACAUAUUUUAUUUACAAAAAAAAUAUAUUUUUUAGGGUUUAUACAACGUAUUAAAUCUAGAGUGGCCUAUACUACGAGCCACUAUGAGCGGACAUUUUUUUUAAACACGACAGUGUCGCCAAUUGUACGAUUUAAAGUAGGCCUAUUGACUCGUCAAAAUAUGAUUUUUUUUUCUUGAUUGGGGAGACCCCUGGGUAGUAGCUCCGCCUGCCCUCCCUUAAAUCCGGCCCUGAUAAUGCUUAACAAUUGAUUGACCUUUUUUUUGGUUGCUUUAUACCCUCUACAAAAGUAUUUUUCUUAAGUAUUCUAAACUAUCUCUUUGACUUACUUAUCUUGCUGCAUACUCUCCCCACCCCACCCCUAGAUAAAAAAAAUCGUAUACAAAAACUAAACCUAUUAUUAGUUCCAGCUUCCAUUUUGUUAGGCAAGACUUGUCCUAUAUAUAUGUGUGUGUGUAUUUAUAAUAAAUGAUUUAUAUUCGUUAAGAUCUAGAUCUAGAAGCUUUAGUAGCGCCGAAAAAAAUAAUAAAAAUCUUUUGUUUUAUUUUAA